GGUCUCUCCCAACUGUGAGCAAAGGGGACUUGGGCUUACCUGGGUGGCAUAAAGGCUGUCAGCAGCGCACUGCAUUGGGUGUGCUAAUGAGCACUUCUCCCAGGGUCUCCAUGAGCCCCAACAGCAAAGCCUUCUUUCUAUAGCCCCAAACAGGCAUCUUUAUGUCCUUGGUCCCAUGGAUACCCUGAAGGAAUCCCCCUCCCCCUGCUCCUCGAGGCACAACAGCCCCAGGCCCGCACCCUGUGAGAUGCCUGCCACCGUGGGCAUUGAGGCAGUGCUGGACCAACUGAAGAUCAAGGCCAUGAAGAUGGGCUUCGAGUUCAACAUCAUGGUGGUAGGGCAGAGUGGGCUGGGCAAGUCCACAAUGGUGAACACACUGUUCAAGUCCAAAGUGUGGAAGUCGGCUCUGCCGGGCCCCGGGGUACCCACACCCCAGACGCUGCAGCUGCACUCAGUGUCUCACGUCAUCGAGGAGAAGGGCCUAAAGCUGAAGCUCACAGUGACAGACACACCUGGCUUCGGGGACCAGAUCAACAAUGACAAAUGCUGGGAACCCAUCCUGGGCUACAUCAAUGAGCAGUAUGAGCAGUACCUGCAGGAGGAAAUUCUCAUCACGCGCCAGCGUCACAUCCCUGACACCCGGGUGCACUGCUGUGUGUACUUUGUGCCGCCCACUGGGCAUUGCCUACGGCCCCUGGACAUCGAGUUCCUGCAGCGGCUAUGCCAGACUGUGAAUGUGGUGCCCGUGAUCGCCCGGGCUGACAGCCUGACCAUCGAGGAGCGUGAGGCCUUCAGGAGCAGGAUCCAGAAAGACCUGAAAAGUCACUGCAUCGAUGUGUACCCACAGAAGCGCUUUGAUGAGGAUCCCAACGACAAGAUUCUCAACAGCAAGAUCCGGGAGCGGAUCCCAUUUGCUGUGGUUGGGGCAGACCAAGAGCAUGUGGUGAACGGGCGAUGUGUCCUGGGCCGGAAGACCAACUGGGGCAUCAUUGAAGUGGAGAACAUGGCACACUGCGAGUUUCCUCUCCUGAGAGAUCUGCUCAUCCGCUCCCACCUCCAAGACCUGAAGGACAUCACCCACAAUAUCCACUACGAGAACUACCGUGUUGUCAGACUCAACGAAAGCCACCAGCUGCCACGUGGGCCAGGCUGGGUGAACCUGGCCCCCGUGAGCCUGGCUUCCACCUCUGCUGGACAGGUGACCACUUCUGGACCCUCGAAGGCCCACAAGCGUGCCCAGGAGGAGCCUAAGUAUGAGUUCUGAGCUCCAAAAGAUCUGGGCCUGCUGCGCUCCCAAAGUUGUUAGCAACCAGCCCUCAACACACACUGUUC